AGUGUAAAAGAUACGUUCAAACUGCACUUUUAUUUUGUAGCAUUAAAAGGUGUAUAUAUUUACGAACGUUUUGUUUUUCCAAGUGACUGAUUUAUACAACACCCAUUGAACGCAUCAAAGAUUUCCUUUCCGUGUGUUUACUUCCGGUGAAGGCGAGGCUAAAGAGUGUUAGCCGAAAUUUCGUUUUACCUUCAUUUAACGUUUUUGAUAAUCAGCCAUGGGGAAGUCUUUUGCCAACUUCAUGUGCAAAAAGGAUUUUCAUCCAGCGUCGAAGUCCAAUAUUAAAAAGGUAUGGAUAGCAGAGCAGAAACUAACUUUCGAGAAGAGAAAGCAGGAGGACCUGAUGCAGGCCUACCUGAAGGAACAGGACACCUACAACAACAGGGUGUUGAUGGGGGAUGAUCGUGUUAAAAAUGGCCUCAAUUUCAUGUAUGAAGCUCCGCCAGGAGCAUCAAAAGAGGAAAAGGCAGAGGAGGGAGAAGAGGAGUACAAAUUUGAAUGGCAGAAGGGCGCUCCAAGAGAAAAAUAUGCUAAAGAUGACAUGAAUAUCAGAGAUCAGCCUUUUGGAAUUCAGGUGCGAAAUGUGCGCUGCAUCAAAUGCCACAAAUGGGGUCAUGUGAACACGGACAGAGAAUGCCCUCUAUUUGGACUGUCGGGCAUCAACGCCAGUGCUGUGGUUUCAGAGGAAACAGGAGGUCCCUCCAUGCACCCCUCUGAGCUAAUGGCCGAAAUGCGUAACAGUGGCUUUGCCCUGAAGAAAUGUGUCCUUGAUCGCAGCGCCACCAUUUGUGAUACAGCGCAGGAAUUUGUUGCAAGUGACCAAGAGGAAGAUCCAGAGGUGGAGUUUUUGAAAUCUUUAACAACGAAGCAGAAACAGAAGCUCCUCAGAAAACUGGAUCGUCUGGAAAAGCAGAACUCUAAGAAGAAGAAGAGCAAAAAGGAAAAGAAAAAGAGCAAAAGAAAGCACAAGAAAAAGCGGGAGAGCAGCGACAGUUCAAGCAGCGGCAGCAGCGACGACGACUCUACCAGCAGCUCCAGCGACUCCGACGACAACUUGAAGAGACAGAAGAGCAAGAAGAAGAAGAAGAAGGCAUCCUGCCGGGAUAACAGCCCGGAGGAGGAGAGGACCAAGAAGAAGGAGAACCCGGAGGGAGGUCGAGAGAGGCGACCAGAGCGAAGCCGCAGCGGCGAGAGAGCCAGACAACGCCAUCACAGAGAAGACGCUGAGAGGAAGAGGAAGGAACGAAGUCGAAGCAGAAGUCGUGUUGGAAGCCGGAGAACACGCUGACAAAAAUACAGUUUUCUUUGGCGAGUCUAAACAAGCAUGUUUUUCCUUUCCCCACCAGUAGAGAGAGACAAUGCACAAAAUAUCAUCUAUUGAGUGCCCGUCCGCUACACGUUACAGGUGACAAAAUCAUACACACUUUAUGUAUUACAUGGUCUCUAGAAAUUAUGUCAUAGGCUACUAUAGGUUUUCAGUUUUUUUUUUUUUUUUUUUGCAAACGAUAAUAGAGAUUUUAAUCCGUCAAAAACACAAACUAGAAUUUAGGAUAAAUUGUGUUCCCUGUGUUAAACGACGGGUAUAUUGUGUCUGUAUGAUAUUCUCAUUACCUUGGUCUUUCCAAAGGAAAGAACAAGGUAAUGAUAUUCUACAACUUUAUUGUACUUAUUAAAUAAAUAUUCUUCAAACUCA